AGACAAAAUUAAACGAAGAUGUAGGGAGCACAAGAAUAUGUAAGCCCACAGGCUAGAAGAAAUGGUAAUACGUGCACAGUAAUCUAAAGACACACAUGAUUCAAGUGCAAUCAACCACACUCUUGCCUGUAAAAUAAGUUCAGAGAAAAAUGGAUAUUUAAAUCCGGUGGGCGCCCAAAAUCCAUUAUAUAUCUGAAGCUAACUUGGGAGCUUGGCGACAUCAACGAGGUGAUAUAUACUGAAGUGCCUAGAUUUCUUUCAGAACCAAGAUACAACACCAUACUCAUCAUGUCUAUGUUGACAAAGCUACGUUGUAUCACGCUGGAUGUUACUGGCACAUUGAUAGCUUACAAAGGGGAGCUUGGUGACUACUACUGCAUGGCAGCCAAAGCUGCAGGACUGCCAUGUCCAGAUUACAAACGUGUACACGAGGGUUUUAAGAUUGCAUACACACACAUGGCAAAAGAACAUCCAUGCUUUGGGUUUGCAGAGAAAAUUCCCAACAUUUUAUGGUGGAAAACUUGUGUCAGAGAUUCUUUUGCAAAGGCAGGAUACGAUUAUGACGAAGAGACAUUUGAAAAAGUGUUCAGGCGUAUAUACUCAACCUUUGGCUCUGCUGCACCUUAUACUAUGUUUUCAGAUUCCAAACCUUUCCUCAAAUGGGCCAGAAAAGAGGGUUUGCUGGUUGGAUUGGUUAGCAAUGCAGAGUACCGGUAUCAGGAUGUAAUUCUUCCGGCCAUGGGUUUAAAUCAGGAUUCUGAAUGGGACUUUGGGGUGUUUUCUGGUCUUGAAGGAGUUGAAAAGCCUGAUCCAAAAAUUUACAAGCUUGCUCUGGAGAGGGCAGGAAACAUUGCACCUGAAGAAGUUCUGCACAUUGGGGACAGCAUGCGAAAAGACUAUGUGCCUGCAAAGAGUGUAGGAAUGCAUGCUUUAUUAUUGGAUAGAUUCAAAACACCAGAUGCUCAAGAAUGGAGGAAAUCUGGUGCAACGGUGUUGCCUGACUUGGUCGCUGCACAAGAAUGGUUGAGUUCUGAGAAGUCUACUGUUGAGUAGCUUGUACUUACGGUCUUUCUUACAUGCUUGAUAUGUUUUUGUUCACUAUCAUCCUGCAGAUUUGUGAGGGUGUACCAAACAUAACGAACACCUUAAGAAAUUUGAAUCAGAGAUGACCAAAAACUGAAUGCCUUUCCACA